AUGCGUAGAGAGAUAGGGAUCUGGAACUCCUGCCGGGGCCUGAACAUGACGGCCAACAACAAGGACCAGACCACCAACAUCACCGACUUCCUGGCCAACCGCACUCUCAUCAUCACCACCGUCCUGGAAGACCCCUAUGUCAUGUACAAGAAGUCGGACAAGCCCCUCUAUGGGAACGACCGUUUUGAGGGCUACUGCCUGGACCUGUUGAAGGAGCUGGCCAAUAUCCUGGGCUUCACUUACGAGGUCAAGCUGGUGUCCGACGGGAAAUACGGGGCCCAGAACGACCAGGGGGCGUGGAACGGCAUGGUGAAGCAGCUGGCCGACCACGUGAGCCCACCCAGACCCGUCCGGACGGGGGAGCCGGGAGGACAGGGUGGCUCGUGCUAG